UCAAUAUGUAAAUUUAUGCUAAUUUUAUGCAAAUGAUGCAAAUAAAUUAUGCUAAUUAUGCGUCAAAACGAGGCUAUCACGUGACCAAUGUAUUUUUAUGUGACGCCAUGUUCAACAUUUUGUGGUGGGGAAACCUUUAGUUAUCAAGUAAAUAUGGCUGUCUAAAAGAAUCAAUUUAAUUGAAGAUAUUUUACCAUUAUGGCUUCACGAAGUGGAUCAUCCCGCAGGAAGCCUGAAGUUCCUGGAAGGAUUCAUCUACAGGUUAAAGGCAAAAGUUCCAAAACCGUAGAAAGUGAGGAUGAGGAAGUCCCGGAAGUUAACAAUGAGGUUGAGAUCCCACUGAGUGAAGAGCAGCAAAUGCCAGUAGAUAACAGUAUACCCGAUGAUCUACCAGAAGGCACCAUAGUUGUCCAGCCACAAGCUGUUGAAGACACUCCAUCCAAAAAGAAAAAAGAGCCACCAGUACGAAUUGACACAUCAAUACUGGAUAAUGUCAGCUGCACCGCAUGUGGUCGUCAACUGAACCCAUAUAAAAGCAGUGCCCUUCAAAAGCAUCCGGAAUUAAAAGUAGUGAUUUGUAAAAAAUGUGAGAAGUUUUUGUCCAGUGGUGAGAUAGCCAAGGACAAAGAUGGCACAGAUGAGCAGUGCAGGUGGUGUGGUGAAGGGGGCAGGCUGGUGGUUUGUGACCAGUGUAGCAGUGCUUUCUGCAGGGCCUGCGUCAUGAGAAACUUCAACAGAUCAGAAUUUACUAACAUCAACAGCCAAAGCAACUGGAAGUGCUACGUGUGUGACAAAGCUCCACUUCAGGGCCUUAGGGAGAAGUAUAGAAAGAUAAGGGACACUUUGAAAGCUUUACAAGCAAGGGACAAGGCCAAAGCAUCUUCCACAUCAGCAGCCGCAGCAGCGAAUGGUACAGGUAGAUCUGAAAAUUCUCUUGGCUCCAAGAAGCCCAUCUCAAAAUCUGUACCACCUGCCAGUGUGGCUAAAAAUGGGAGUGCAGCAAGUCAGAAAGCAGCUAAUGAUAAAAUAAGCUCGCUGCAGGGAGACAUAGUCACUUUGAAAGAUUUUACUAUAAAUUUUGAUCACAUUGAUGUAGUUAUGGACAAAGUUUCUACCGCGACCAACACCUUUAGGGGCAUGUUGAAAGGGUUGCGGUCCCAGUUUCAUUCCACUAGUCCAUACAAGGCAGAUGACGCUUCACCCAAGUUUCAGUUUUCAUUUAGUAAUGCUAUGGAUCUGAAAGAAAAGAAACGCCGAUGUGCAAAGGCCUUUGAUAUGGGUCUUCAAACUUACGUCAAGUCAUUAGUGUCUAUUCUUUCGGAUACUCCAGAGAAAGUCCAAGAACCUUUUACAGCCAGUGGAAACCUUAGUGUCACUGCCUCAGCAUCAAAGAGACCUGUUUCAGAUGUUUCCACCUUAGUCUCUAAACAACAGUCUACCUCAAAGUCUGUGGAUGAGCACAAAACAGUCAGCUCCAGCAAAAAGAAUGAAAGCGUGGCUAAAGCAAACAUCCAAAGUCCCAACAAGAGCAAUGUUGAAGACCAGAAGCUGAAGAAGCAUAGUAAAGAAGUGAAUUCAGAAAGCAAAAAAGCAUCUGUUGACCAGUUGCCAUUAAAUAUAAAUGUCAGCGAAAUGUCUACUAAAGAUACAAAAUCCUGUUCAAAGACUAGUGAUCCUAAAGAAAUAUCUGACAAAGAAGUGGCUUCAGAAGUGAGCCACGAAAAGGAAAGAGAAGACAAAAGCACAAAAGCCAAGGUCACACAUUCCAAACAAAAAGAGUCAGAAAAAAACUCAGAGAAGUUAUCUAUUGACAAGACUAAAACUGACCAGGCCCCCUUAGAUGAAAACUUAGCUGCUAAAAAUGACCUCCUGAAAGAAAUCUCUGAUUCAGAGGAUAGCAUGGAAAUAAAUGACACAAGUGUGGAGUUUAUAGACAAUUCUGAAGUGGAAGACCAAAUAACUUCAUCCCUUGAUCAAACUAAUGAUUCCAGUUUAAAAAACACAGAUGAAGCUGUUCUGCCUUGCUCAGAAGAGAAAAGCCCCUUGAUCAAUGAGAAAUGUGCUGAUGACAAAAGUGCCCCUAGAAAGGAAAAAGUUGUUAGAAAGAUGGAUAAAAAGAUCAAGGACAAUGAGACUGCCAGUUCAGAUUCGCAAGAUAUAGUUAAGACUACAACAAAAACCAAGACUUCCGCUUCCAGCGUAGAAAAAGAGAAAAAGAAGAAGAAAGAAGCUGACAAGAAAGAAGGCAAGAGAAGUCCAGAGGCUGAAGAGGAACGUGAUUCUGAUUCAGAUUUGUUGUACCUAUCAGAGGACGAUGAGCCAACACAGGCCAACCCUAAAAAAGUGAUGGAGUCUAAGUCCAUUGGAUUAAAACUGAAGAUCUCCACCAAAGUGGAAGAUAAAGCACCUGAAACUAGCAGUCCAGAUAAAACACAGGUGAAUGGGAAUGCAGACAAAGUGGAUGAGAUAGACAAAAAAAUUGACCAAUUGUCUAAACUGCCCACCAUUAGAAAAAGAAAAGUCAAAGAGGUAGAGGAAGCAGAAGAAACAGAGAAAGCUGAGCCAGAGAAAAAAAAUCCGAGAUUGUCAAAACCAGGACCAAAGAGCUCUAAGAAAGCCAAUGACUAUGAUGAUUUGUCCUCCGAUGGUGAGGACAAGAAAGUAAGUGACCAUGACAGUGAUGAUGAUGACGAUGAUGGUCCCACUGUGACUUUUUUUGUAGAACCGGAAAAUGCUACGGAGGAUACUGCUGUUGAUAAAGAAAAUGAAAUGGCCAAAACUGGAUUGUUAGAAGACAUGGAGGAUGAAGACAACAGUGAGCAAGAGAAAUCCUCCAGUGAUGAAAGCAUGGAUUCUGAGACUCCCAAGAAAACUGAUGACGACAUAAAGAAAUCUAACUCAGAGAAAGAGGGUGCUAAGAGUGAUGACAGUGAAGACAGUGAUGACAGUGAGGAUGUCAUACUUAAGAAGAAGAAGAAAAAGAUCCACAGUAAACUCUUGGAUUCCAAACUGUCGGAGAGUGACUCGGAUAAAGAUAAAACAAAGAAAAAGCAAAAAAAAGAAGAUGAUGAUUCUUCUGACUCGAGCAUUCCAUCAGAUGCCAGUGAUGAGGAUGAAGAUGAUAAGGAUGAAGAGGAGGAUGAUGAUGAUGACAGCGACUCAAAGAAAAAGAAAAAAGGAAAGAAAGGGAAGAAGAAGAAGAAAGGUAAAGGAAAGAAAGGAAGUGAUGAGGAGGAAGAGGAGGAGGAAGAAGGUGGCAAGCAGAAAAAGGGCAAAAGAAAAAGGAUUAAGAAAAUGAGUGAUUCCUCAGAGGAGAAUAAAGAAGAAGAGGAUGAAGAUGAUGAUGAUCCUAACAACAGUAAAUCAGCAGGGAAAAGAAAACAAAUUCGAAAGGUCAUGUCCAAUAAAAAACUGGAAGACUCGACCAAAGCUGCUGCUAAAGCAGAAGAAAAGAGAAGGAAACGAAUUGCUGCUAAACAAAGGGAGUUCAACAUUGAGACCAUCACAGAUGAAAACAACCCUAUGAACUGCCCCAUAACAACUAAGCUAGUGCUGGAGUCUGGGAAAGAGGAGGGCGAUGAGCCAGUGGUUCAAGUCAAUCUAAAGUUGGUCCGCAAACUGAAACCUCAUCAAGUUGAAGCUGUACAGUUCUUGUGGGAUUGUCUCUAUGAGAGUGUGAAAAGGUCCAAGAAAGAGCAAGGUGCUGGUUGUAUUCUUGCCCACUGUAUGGGUCUGGGUAAAACACUUUCUGUCAUAGCGUUUGUUCAUACCAUAUUGUCCCAUCAGAAAAUCUUGAAACACAAGACUUGCCUUGUAGUCAGCCCACUUAAUACUGUUUUGAACUGGAGGAAUGAAUGGGGCAUGUGGCUGGAUGAAGAAGACCAACUAGAGGUUUGGGAGUUAGCCAGCUGCAAACAGAAUGCUGCUCGAGCCAGUGCCCUCAAAGAAUGGCAAGAACUUGGCGGUAUUAUGAUAAUUGGCUAUGAGAUGUAUCGUAACCUGACCACAGGGGCUAGGUGCAAAAAUAAACGUCAGAAAAAAACUUUUUUUGAAACACUGGUAGAUCCAGGACCCGACCUUGUUGUGUGUGAUGAAGGACAUAUCCUGAAAAAUGAAGCCUCUGCUAUCUCUAAGGCUAUGAAUCAGAUGAAGACAAGAAGGCGAGUGGUGCUAACAGGAACUCCUUUACAGAACAAUUUGAAUGAAUAUCACUGCAUGGUUAACUUUGUCAAGCCAAAUCUUCUUGGUACUCGUAAAGAAUUCAAUAACAGAUUUAUAAGUCCUAUACAGAAUGGUCAGUGUACAGACAGCACCCCAAGAGAUGUGAAGUUGAUGAAAUCCAGGGCCCAUAUUUUACAUGAGCUGUUGGCAGGAUGUGUACAGAGACGUGACUAUUCUGCUCUGACUAAGUUCCUGCCACCAAAACAGGAAUACGUGAUCUCAGUCCGUCUGACUAACAUACAGAUAGAGCUAUAUGAGAAAUAUAUGGAGCUGACUGGCCAGGGGGCAGACGGCAUCUUCUCUAACAAAGGAGCUCGUCUGUUUACAGACUAUCAGAAUCUCAUGAAGAUCUGGACACACCCAUGGGUUCUCAAGUUGGCUGAGAUCAGGGAUGAAUCUAAAGUCAAGUUUGAUGAUGAAGACUCGUUCAUUGAUGAUGAUGAAUCAGAUGAGGAGAGGUCCUUUUCUAGCUCCAACACCACCAGUGAGGAUGACAAGAAGGGGGCAAUGAGUGACAGUGGUGGGGAGGGCACAAGUUCAAGGCCAACAUUUAGAGGCGGGACUCGAAGAACAAGAGCUAAGGCCAGGCGUCUGGCUGGGGAAGAGAGUGAUCCAGAAGAAGUGAUAGCUGAAUGGAAGUCUAAGACCAGGAAUAAGGAGACAGAGGAUGGUCCUCCAGAAGAGCAAGACAAGGCCAUCACCAAGGAGUGGUGGGCCCCCUAUGUGACAGAGGACGACAAAAACAAGUUGGAGCUGAGCAACAAGCUUUACCUUCUCUUUGAGAUCCUCAAGAUGUGUGAGGAGAUAGGAGAUAAAGUUCUGAUCUUCAGUCAGAGUAUUUUGUCCUUAAACAUCAUUGAAAAUUUCCUGGAAACUGUGGACUCAAAGUACCAGCAGGAGUGUGAUACCCUCACUAAGACAGAGGAUCAAGCUGAGAAGGAAUCUUUUGGCAAGAGCUGGACUAAAAACUUAGACUACUAUCGCAUGGAUGGUACCACUAGUGCUCAGAACAGACAGUUGUGGGCCUCUAACUUUAAUGACAUUGAGAACUACAGGGCUCGCUUGUUUCUGAUCUCAACUAGAGCUGGAGGACUUGGUAUCAACUUGGUGGCUGCCAAUAGAGUCAUUAUAUUUGAUGCAUCUUGGAACCCCUCCCAUGAUGUCCAGUCUAUAUUUAGAGUCUAUCGUUUUGGACAGACUAAGCCGUGUUACAUCUACAGAUAUUUAGCUCAGGGCACGAUGGAGGAAAAGAUCUAUGACAGGCAGGUGGCCAAGUUGUCUCUUUCGCAGCGAGUUGUUGAUGAGCACCAGAUUGAGCGCCAUUUCUCUGCUAAUGAUCUAAAAGAGCUGUACAACUUCAGGCCUGACCGCUGGGACGAUGGUACAGAGAAACCAACUCUAGCUUUACCAAAGGAUCCUCUACUGGCUGAGAUCUUGCAGAGCAACAGACACUGCGUGGUGUCCUUCCAUGAGCAUGACUCUCUCCUAGAGAACCAGGUGGACCAGAAUCUCACUGAAGAGGAGAAGAAAGCAGCUUGGGAGGAGUAUGAGAAUGAGAAGAAAGGAAUCAUUGUCAGAGGCCCUGGUAUGGAGAGAACAGCCAGCUGGCCAUUGAUGGCUGCCGCUCAGAUCUUGACCAGAGAAGAAAUCACAGCCACUGUACAUGCCUUGAGACUUCAGUUGCCUGAUAUUCCUGAAGAUUUGUUCCAUCUCCAUGUCCAGCAAGCCUUGAGGAGACAAGUUCAGCUGAAACAAGAGGAACUCAGAAGGAUGGAGUUGUUGAGGAUCCAAGAGAUGAAUUAUCUGAACAUGUUCAAACAGCACACUGGAUUGUCUCACAGCCAAAGUAUUCAGGCUUUACAGAACAUGGCUCCAUGGAUGCAGAUACAGAGGCUGAGGGCCAUGCAGAAUCAGAUGAUGAUGGGAGCUAACUCGAGCUUGCAUCCCAGUGCCUCAAUGUCCAUGUUAGCACAAGCGAGCCAGGAAGCUGCUGAGAGAAUCAGCAAUAAACCAGAGGAGGCUAUAGACCUGGAUGAUAACUGAAACCUGUCUUUAGGAAGGGAUGGCAGUUUUGGUGGUGUGUAUGGCAGGUAUGUUGGUCCAAAUGUGAUCACUGAUAACUGGCUGACCAUACGUCUGAUUAGCUAGAAGCUUUAAUCAUGUUGAAACUAGGCAGUGGUCACUAGGUCACUGCAGAGAAAUUUUUUAUACCUUGCUUUUGUGUCUUGUUAUUGUAAAUGUCAUCAAAGCGCCCAGGGAAACAGUUGGGGAGAGAGUGUGUGUAUAUGUGGCCAAUGUCAGUCUAAUUAGGUCAUCUUAGGCCACAGUAAGACAUAUCUCAUGUACUGAACAGUUGUUUUUGUAGCUAAAACUGGAUCAGAAUGGUCCAAAAGAAGAAGUGAAACAUUUUUAAGUAUUUCUUUUUUUAUAUGUUAAAGUCUGUUUAUGGUGUACGUCUGGUUUGAGACAAGUACGUUCAUACUUGACAGACUUAAAAUCCAUUCAGACUUUAGAAUCACAGGUGUAACAGGUCUUGUUAUUGUAUUGUUAUCAUCUUAAUGUUCGAUAAGUAAACAUACAUAGACUUACAUUUCAGUAAUGUAAUUGUUACAUUAAAGGAUAUUGUUAUCAAAUGUUUGUCUGUGUACAGUAGAUUUUUGUUUUUUUUAUACAUAUAAUUGUUUUUUUUUAAAAAGCAUUUAUUUAAUUCAACUUAUACCAUGUAAUGAUUGAAUGUUUGUAACCAAAUGCUGACUAUGUCCAGUAAAAAGGCUUAAUAAACUGUUUAAAAAAAAUAUAUUUUUUUUGUCUUUUUCAAGUUUGCUUCCUUUGAUAAAAAAAACAUAAAUCUGGACGAUGGUUGGGGGGGAGGGGGGGUAUUAUUAAAUGCUACAUGUGUGUUCAAAUGUUCAUAACAUGUUCAAAUCAAAAUGUUCACUCAUGUCAUGUAAAUAAAAAAAAAAACAA